AUGCAGUUUUCACAGGCUUUGCAAUUUCGCGCCGACAUAACCAUCCAGCUCUAUGCUGACCCGCAUAAUCCCCACCUUUAUCUCGAACGAGGGUUGCUAUAUGAAAAGCUGGGGUUCUCUGAUUUGGCGGCGGCAGAUGCCUACCGUGCCUUGUCCCUGCUAGAGUCCGUGGUUGACCCAGACGGAUGUGAAUUCCAUGCGAGACGCAAUGUGGACUCCCCUGAGAAGGGGCCCUCGGCCACGACCCCGGGAGAAGACGCCACCAACGACAGCGAUGACGAGGACGAGGACGAGGACAAAGACGACGGGACAACCCCCAUAACACAGGAGGAAUAUGAUGUGCUGGUCGGACCCGUCUACGCGCUUCUCGUUCGCAGUCUGGUCCGCUGUGGCUGCUACCGCGAUGCGUUCGAGUUUGGCGUGCGCGGCCUAGGGUUGUUGGGCGAUCUUGCUCGCCAGACAAAAGAAGCUGCUGCGGCAGUGACCGCGCUGUCUGAGCAGAUGGAGCAUAUCAAGCAGGUGUAUAUCUCUCGUACAGACGCCAGCAACCAGUUGCCGUGGAAUGCCAUUGACUCUAGUGUUCUCCCGGCUCAAGGAUCUGCCCGCCGCGUUCUCUAUCCGUGGAACCAGCAUGAGCCUGAUCGUCGUGCCCCAGAGACCCUACAGUUGCUGAACGACAGAUUGGUCGACGUCGCACCUAAAUGUGAGGUACGCGCGGUGGCCUUGCCUGCACUGCAUGAUGCGAUCCCCGAUUCUUCUGCCGAGCCCGGCGUCUCGGUGCAGCUUGGUCUCUUCGCUAAAGAAGAUAUCGCACCUGAUGAGAUAAUUUUGCGUGAAUCGUCGCUUCUCACCGCGACGAACCGUCUCCACGAUGACCUCUGCGAUGCCUGUAAUGCGCCGCUCCCAGAGCUGUCGGCUGCAGAGCCGCCUGUUGGCUGUGAGGGCGGAUGCGCCGACACCGUCUUCUGCAGCCAGUCAUGCCAUGAUGCCGCGCAGCGCAUCUACCACGGUGCCAUCUGUGGCUUCGAAGAUGGGCUCGAGUCAAUCGGCAAAGAUAUCCCCGACCCCAAGGACAAGGCAGAUUAUCUGUAUCUCUUGCUGCUGGGCCGGGCCCUGGCUAUGUCCGCCACACAAGACGUCCACGCACUGGACCUGCCAGAGGUCAAAUACAUCUGGGGCGAUUUCCACGACGUCGAUCUGGACCACGAGGAGCUAGGCAGUGGUUCAUCCGCAGAAGAGGAUGCCUCCACCUCCCUCCCAUUCUCCUUCCAGCUCAACAUCCUCCAACCCACCCGCUUCCUCGAAGAAAUGGGUCUCGACCCGUACACCACACUGCCGCGCUACGACACCUGGGUCUUGAACACGCUGUACGCCAAGUUCCGUGGCACCGCCUCCGGCCGGCUCUCCACGUGGGAUGGCGGGCCCGAGCUCUGUGCCGUGCAUCCGCUCUGGUGUCUGGCGAACCACUCGUGCGAUCCGAAUGUGCGCUGGGAAUGGGGCGGCGAGAUCACCUUCCGUGCGCGUACCACCGCCGAGAGGCCCGUAUGGACGAGGAAAGACGAGCGCAAGCAGUGUCAUGUUGGUGGUAUUGCCAAGGACCAGGAGAUUGUGAACCAUUACUGUGAUGUUGGGUUGCCUGUUAAGAAGAGGAGGGAGUGGGCGUGCGGUGCGCUGGGGGGUAUGUGUCGGUGUGAGAGGUGUGUGUGGGAGGCUGAGGAGUAA